AUGCACCGCUCUCCCGCGCGCGCACACACACACACACACACACCCACAUGUUCAGCUGCUCCAUCGCGUGUCAUGAUGCACUGCAUACCCGUCUGUAUCGAAUGCAACAAUAAAUGUAGAUUCCACGACUUGAUUGCUCCGUCUGUCGCUGUUCUCGCACACCGCAAGAAGCGUCCCCACUUGGUUGUCGUCGUCGUUCAGUGCCGUCACUGGCUCCACGCUGCCUCCAUCGGCGCCUAA